UUUUAUUAUUUUUACGCAAUUUAAUAGAAUUUUAAUAAAGAGUAACUUCAGAGAACAAACAUUUAGAUAUCCCCAAAUAUUUUCCAAAAAUUUCAUAUAAAUCGUUCACUGAAAAAAAUACGAAGUAAUGGAUUUUUCUACUGUAUGUCGCAUGUGUCUUAGUACAGAGAAUUUGACGCCUAUCUUUGAAAAUUCUUUUGAUCAAAUUGAUUAUUCUACAACAGUUUAUAUAAUUACAGGGAUUAAGGUAGAAAGAAAUGAUGGGCUACCCCAGAACAUAUGUGAGGAAUGUUUCACAAAAAUUAAUGGUAUACUUAAAUUUAGGGAAGCGUGCAAAAUCGUCGAAUAUCAACUCAUACAAUUAAAAAAUAAACUUCAAAAGUCUGAGUUACACUUUGCGAAUGAUUCUGAACAGGCGAAACUGAAUGAUACAUCAGAGAACACAUAUGGUUAUAAAACUAUCAUACAAACAGACAAUGAUUGUGUUACAAAAAAAGAAGAAAAGAUUCUAGAAUGUUUAAUGGAAAAUGAUGAAAUAAACAACAGCUUAGACUCUGAAAAUUCCAUAACAAAUACUUUUGAAACCGCAGAACACAUCUUAGGAACAAAUAAACCAAAUGCAAGUUUUGAGAGCUCCGAUGAACUUUUCAAAGCGAAUGAUGUUAAUAACCGUGUCACCUGCAAGCUGUGUCAGAAGGACCUGUCCAUUCGCAGUGUCGAUGCCCAUAUGGCUAGGAGACACCCCGGCGCGGACCGGAGGAAGAUAAAAUGCGAUCUCUGUGAUGCGUACAUCUUGAAGGCUAAAAUGAACAGACACAGGAAACUGGUGCACGGAGAAUGCUUUAAAUGCGGGUAUUGUAAAUCAGAUUUCGUGGAUAAAAAUACACUAGUUGAGCACGCAAUCACGUGUAUGGCCAAAAAGAAAAAACGAAAAGUAUCUGAUUCUAGUCGCGAAUUGAUCGAUUGUGAUGUGUGCAAGAAAAGAAUGCAAAAGGCUAGUCUGAAACUCCACGUGGCCGUGAAGCACGCCGGGCUGGGACCGGUGUGUGAGCACUGCGGCAAACGUUUCGGCAACAAGACGCGUCUGGGCGAGCACUGCCGCGCCAAGCACGGCCACGAGAAGUUCCGGUGCGGGUACUGCGAGUUCCAGAGCGCCUCCGUGCUGGCGCUUCAGAAUCACGAGAGGCGCCAUCGCGGGGAGAAGCCGUUCGUGUGUGAAGCGUGCGGGGCGAAGUUCCACGCGGCCUACCUCCUGGCCCAGCACCGGCACUCACACAGGACCCAGAAGCUGGUCAGGUGCGAACUGUGUCCGGCCUCAUUCAAAUCAAACAACAGUUUGCACGUGCACAAACAGACCUGCCACAGCAACGCCAUAUACAAAUGCAGCAUGUGCUCCAGAUCCUACAGCUGUCGUCACUACGCUGUCAAACAUCUCCGGCACGUGCAUCAGUAUAGCGGUCCGGCGCCUCCUCUCACAGCAAUAGACGCUCAGCAUGUUAUAUGA